GGAGCUGAUGCCUUUUCAAGCCGCCGUUAGCGACCCCGGACCCGCGUUAGUGGCUCGCCGAAGCUCUGGACUCGUGAUCGGAGAGGGGACCGCGGCUGAUCUGUGAAGUCUUCAGACAAGAGGCAAACUAUGCCAGCUGCAUCAGAGUCCCUCACCCUGGUGACGUGCCAGCUCGUCGGUCAGACCACUCUGCCCUCCUCUAACCUCCUAGUCUACCCUGGCAGAUCCAUGCUGCUGGAUGCUUCUCAAAGAGCUACGCCCACACCAUGAGCUCAAACGGGCCUGCCCCAGACCCAGCCCCUGCAGCCCAAGAAGCCCCUCCAUCCUCAACCCCUGCCCCAGCUCCAGCCCCAGCACCCAAGGCACCACCAGCUCCUCCGGUUCCCCAUGCCCCAGCAACCUCUACCAUCCCAGUAGGUGCGUUAGCACAAAAGAAGCGGCAGCAGUAUGCCAAGAGCAAGAAACAGGGAAGCAAUGCAAACAGCCGACCACAGAGGGCUCUGUUCUGCCUCAACCUCAACAACCCCAUACGCAGGGCCUGCAUCAGCCUCGUCGAGUGGAAGCCAUUUGAUAUCUUUAUAUUAAUAGCUAUUUUUGCCAACUGUAUGGCCUUAGCUGUGUAUAUCCCUUUUCCUGAAGAUGAUUCCAACUCUAUAAACCACGACCUGGAAACAGUUGAAUAUGCCUUCCUAAUCAUUUUCACUAUUGAGACCUUUCUGAAGAUUAUUGCUUAUGGCCUAGUGAUGCACCAGAAUGCAUAUGUGAGAAACGGCUGGAACAUGCUGGACUUUGUUAUUGUGGUGAUAGGACUCUUCAGCGUUGUCUUGGAGCUUUUGACCAAAGAGGAACCGAAAGUAGAAGGCGAUGGAGCUAAUAACCAUCCGUCGAUGCAUGGUCACGGGGGUAAGCCAGGUGGAUUUGAUGUUAAAGCCCUUCGAGCCUUCCGUGUGCUGCGACCCCUGCGGCUGGUCUCAGGAGUACCCAGUUUACAGGUGGUGUUGAACUCCAUCAUUAAAGCCAUGGUCCCUCUGCUGCACAUUGCCCUUCUGGUCUUGUUUGUCAUCAUCAUCUAUGCUAUUAUUGGCCUCGAGCUUUUCAUUGGAAAAAUGCAUGCAACCUGCUAUAUGCCUGGCUCAGAUUUGAUAGCAGAGGAGGAACCAGCUCCAUGUGCGAUCUCAGGACAUGGGCGCCAAUGCCCCAUCAACGGCACAGAGUGCAGGGAAGGCUGGCACGGUCCCAACAACGGCAUCACUAAUUUUGACAACUUCCUGUUCGCCAUGCUGACAGUGUUUCAGUGCAUCACCAUGGAGGGCUGGACAGACGUGCUCUACUGGAUGAACGAUGCAAUGGGCUUUGAGCUUCCAUGGGUGUACUUUGUCAGUCUUGUGAUCUUCGGCUCUUUUUUCGUUCUCAAUCUGGUUUUGGGUGUGUUGAGCGGAGAGUUUUCCAAAGAGCGAGAGAAGGCGAAAGCUCGGGGAGACUUCCAGAAGCUGCGUGAGAAGCAGCAGCUGGAGGAGGACUUGAAGGGUUACCUGGACUGGAUAACUCAGGCUGAAGACAUCGACCCUGACAACGAGGAUGAGGCUGACGAGGGCAAGCGCAACCGGGUGACUCUGGCUGACCUCACCGAGAAGAAGAAGGGAAGGUUUGGUUGGUUCAGCCAGUCGUCUGACACUCAUGCGAGUGUACCAGCCAGUGAAACCGAGUCUGUGAACACGGAGAACCAAAACGGGGAGGAUGAAAAGACGCCUUGCUGCGGACCUCUGUGUCAAAAGAUUUCCAAGUCAAAGUUCAGUCGGCGCUGGCGCCGCUGGAACAGGUUUUGUCGCAGGAAGUGCCGUUUGGCUGUUAAGUCGGUGCCUUUCUACUGGCUGGUCAUCAUUCUUGUGUUCCUUAACACACUCACCAUUUCCUCAGAACACUACAACCAGCCUUUGUGGCUGACCCAAGUGCAGGAUGUGGCCAACAAGGUGCUGCUGGCCCUGUUCACUUGUGAAAUGCUGGUGAAGAUGUACAGUCUGGGGCUUCAGGCUUACUUUGUGUCCCUGUUCAACCGCUUUGACUGCUUUGUGGUGUGUGGAGGAAUUACUGAAACCAUCCUGGUUGAGCUGGAAAUCAUGUCUCCCCUCGGGAUCUCUGUGUUCCGCUGUGUUCGUCUUUUAAGAAUCUUCAAGGUCACACGACACUGGCAGUCUCUCAGUAACUUGGUGGCAUCGCUGCUCAACUCCAUGAAGUCCAUCGCUUCCUUAUUGCUGCUUCUUUUCCUCUUCAUUAUUAUAUUUUCCCUGCUGGGGAUGCAGGUGUUUGGUGGAAAGUUCAACUUUGAUGAAACCCAGACAAAAAGGAGCACCUUUGACAACUUCCCACAGGCCCUCCUUACUGUGUUUCAGAUCCUGACUGGAGAAGAUUGGAACGCUGUCAUGUAUGACGGGAUCAUGGCAUACGGAGGGCCUUCCUCCACUGGCAUGAUCGUGUGCUUCUACUUCAUCAUCCUCUUCAUCUGUGGAAACUAUAUCUUACUGAAUGUCUUCUUGGCUAUCGCCGUGGACAACUUGGCAGAUGCAGAGUCUCUCAACACAGAUGAAGGAGACAAAAAAGGUGACAAAAAGGAUGAUGAGAAAGAUGAAAAGGAGGAUGAGGAGGAAUUUGAGGACAAUGCAGUGGAAGAAGAAGAUCCAGACGUCCCUUCUGGACCUCGGCCAGUCAUCUCUGACCUGGUGAAGAAGGAGAAGAUCACUCCUAUCCCAGAAGGAAGCGCCUUUUUUAUCUUCAGCAACACAAACCCGGUCCGCGUGUUCUGCCACAAACUCAUCAACCACCACAUAUUCACCAACCUCAUCCUGGUGUUCAUCAUGCUCAGCUCCGUUUCUCUCGCCGCAGAGGACCCCAUCCGAAACCUCUCAGCCAGAAACAUUAUUCUUGGUUACUUUGACUAUGCUUUCACCGCUAUCUUUACUGUUGAGAUCGUUUUGAAGGUCCUAGGCUAUGCAGAUUAUGUCUUCACUAGUAUGUUUACAUUUGAGAUCGUAUUAAAGAUGACGACAUACGGAGCUUUUCUCCAUAAAGGAGCGUUUUGCAGGAAUUACUUUAACCUGCUGGACUUGCUGGUGGUUGGAGUUUCUCUCGUCUCUUUUGGAAUUCAGUCCUCAGCUAUCUCUGUGGUGAAGAUUCUUCGUGUUCUUCGAGUUCUCCGUCCCUUGAGGGCCAUCAACAGGGCCAAAGGCCUGAAGCACGUUGUCCAGUGUGUUUUUGUGGCAAUCAGAACUAUUGGUAACAUCAUGAUCGUCACAACUCUGCUUCAGUUCAUGUUCGCCUGUAUAGGAGUGCAGCUCUUCAAGGGAAAAUUUUAUCGCUGCACAGAUGAAGCAAAGUCCAGCCAAGAAGUGUGCAAAGGCACCUACAUCGUCUACAAGGAUGGAGAUGUAAAUCAGCCAACUAUGCAGCGGCGGGUGUGGCACAACAGUGACUUCAACUUUGACAACGUCCUCAUGGCCAUGAUGGCCCUGUUCACGGUCUCCACCUUUGAAGGCUGGCCAGCAUUACUCUACAAAGCCAUCGACUCCAACAGAGAGAACUUUGGUCCCAUUUACAACUACCGUGUGGAAAUUUCCAUCUUCUUCAUCAUCUACAUUAUCAUCAUCGCUUUCUUCAUGAUGAACAUCUUCGUAGGUUUUGUGAUCGUCACAUUUCAGGAGCAAGGAGAAAAAGAGUACAAAAACUGUGAACUUGACAAGAACCAGCGACAGUGUGUGGAGUACGCUCUUAAGGCUCGUCCUCUGAGGAGGUACAUCCCUAAGAACCCAUACCAGUACAAGUUCUGGUAUGUGGUGAACUCCACAGGCUUUGAGUACAUCAUGUUUGUGCUCAUCAUGCUCAACACACUGUGUCUGGCAGUGCAGCACUACGGCCAGUCAGCACUUUUUAAUUACGUCAUGGAUAUUCUCAACAUGGUCUUCACUACUGUAUUUACUGUGGAAAUGUUUUUGAAACUCAUCGCUUUCAAACCCAGGCACUAUUUUGCUGAUGCUUGGAACACAUUUGAUGCCUUAAUUGUUGUUGGUAGCGUGGUGGAUAUUGCUAUCACUGAAGUUAAUCCAACAGAAACACCUCAGGUGGAUGAGAUGGGGAACACCGAGGACAGUGCUCGCAUCUCCAUCACUUUCUUCCGUCUCUUUCGGGUGAUGCGGUUGGUCAAACUCCUGAGCAGAGGGGAGGGCAUUCGUACCCUACUGUGGACUUUCAUCAAGUCCUUUCAGGCUCUGCCGUACGUUGCGCUCCUGAUAGCCAUGCUGUUCUUCAUCUACGCUGUCAUCGGCAUGCAGGUGUUUGGAAAGAUCGCCAUGGUGGAUGGGACACAGAUUAACAGAAAUAACAACUUCCAAACAUUUCCCCAAGCUGUACUCCUGCUAUUCAGGUGUGCCACUGGGGAGGCGUGGCAGGACAUCAUGCUGGCCUGCAUGCCUGGAAAGCUCUGUGACCCAGAGUCUGACUACAACAUUGGAGAGGAGAUGACCUGUGGCAGUGGAUUUGCAAUAGUCUACUUCAUUACCUUCUACAUGCUCUGUGCAUUCUUAAUCAUCAACUUGUUUGUAGCCGUCAUUAUGGACAACUUUGACUAUCUGACACGUGAUUGGUCCAUCCUCGGUCCUCACCACCUUGAUGAAUUCAAAAGAAUUUGGUCAGAAUACGAUCCGGAGGCAAAAGGCAGAAUCAAACAUCUGGAUGUUGUGACCCUUCUCCGUCGCAUCCAGCCUCCUCUUGGUUUUGGCAAACUGUGUCCUCACAGAGUGGCCUGCAAGAGGCUUGUAGCCAUGAACAUGCCUCUGAACAGCGAUGGCACCGUCAUGUUUAACGCCACUUUGUUUGCCCUGGUGCGCACUGCCCUGAAAAUCAAAACAGAAGGUAAUCUAGAGCAGGCCAAUGAAGAGCUGCGGGCCGUCAUCAAGAAGAUCUGGAAAAGAACCAGCAUGAAGCUGCUGGAUCAAGUGGUGCCCCCUGCUGGUGAUGAUGAGGUAACCGUGGGGAAGUUCUAUGCCACCUUCCUGAUACAGGACUACUUUAGGAAAUUCAAGAAACGUAAAGAGGAAGGCCUGGUGGGUGCUCACCCCUCCCAGAACAACACGGCCAUUGCCUUGCAGGCCGGCCUUCGCACGCUUCAUGAUAUUGGGCCUGAAAUUCGUCGAGCGAUAUCAUGUGAUCUGCAAGAUGACGAUCUAGUAGACUUUAUUCCAGAGGAAGACGAGGAAAUUUAUAGGCGCAAUGGGGGACUCUUCGGAAACCACCUCAUGAACGGAGGUCACCGCCGAUCCAACGGCCAUCAGACCAACGCCACUCAGCGCCCCCUGCAGGUGCAGCCUCCCCCCCACUAUGCUCACAUGGAGCAGCCGGUGGGGCGCCUGUCCCGGGCCAACGCAAUGUCCCAUCCCAACCACCGCCAUCACCACCACCACCAUCACCACCGACACCACAACUCCUACGGCAAAUCCCCCAAAUCCACCAACAUCAACCUGAACAAUGCUAACAUGUCCAGCCUUCCUAACGGAGGACACCAUCGCUACUACGAUCACGCACCCCCCAACGGAUACCUAGGUCUGCACAGGUCCUACUACGACUACAUCAAGCCAAGGACGCCCCAGGGUCAAAGAAGGCGCUACUAUGAGACCUAUGUUAGGUCCCACAGAGGGGACGGCCGGCACCCCACCAUCUGCAGGGAGGAAGAGUUUGAUGAAGACCGCUUUUCUGGCGAAUAUUACAGCGGGGAGGAGUUUUAUGAGCAUGAUAGUAUGCUGUCAGGGGACAGGUAUCAGAACAGCGACACAGAGUACGAGACUCCCAAAGGCUACCAUCACCCGGACAGUUACUAUGACGACGAUGAGCAGCCUCUGUACCACGACUCACGGCGGUCACCCAAGAGAAGGCUGCUUCCUGCCACACCUCAGGGUCACAGAAGGCCGUCCUUCAACUUUGAGUGUCUGCGCAGACAAAGUAGCAAGGAUGAGCUUCCACAUCAGCGUACAGCUUUACCACUGCACCUUAUGCAGCAUCAGGUCAUGGCUGUAGCAGGCCUUGACUCCAGCAGAGCCCACCGCCUCUCCCCGACCCGCUCCACCCGCUCGUGGGCCACACCCCCGGCCACUCCAGCCAGUAAAGACCAGUCACCAUAUUACACGCCCCUCAUCCGUGUGGACCGCCCUCAGAGGGACAGUGUUUCAGGCAGCCAAGUGUCUGUGCGCAAGAGUUCUUGGUACACGGAUGACCCAGAGUUUUCCCAGAGGGCGUAUUCACCUGUUCACCUGCAGGUGCCGCCUGAGUACCACAACCAGUACCACCAGAAGAGAGGCAGUGCAACCAGCCUGGUGGAGGCCGUUUUGAUAUCGGAGGGCCUUGGGAGAUACGCUAGAGAUCCCAAUUUUGUCGCCGCCACCAAGCAUGAGAUCGCUGAUGCGUGUGAGAUGACGAUAGACGAGAUGGAGAGUGCAGCCAGCCACCUACUGAACGGAGGGAUGGCCCCCGGCAUGAACGGGGUCAACGUGUUCCCCUUCCUAACUCAGAGAGACUACGAAGUGCAGGACGCCGGAGCCAACUACAGUGACGAGGAUCCGGAAACAGAACCUAGAGCUCCUUACGAGGAGGACCUGGCAGAUGAGAUGAUCUGCAUCACAACUUUAUAGCACUGGCUUGAUAAAUCUCCUGAUAAGAUUAGAAUCUUGAUAGAAUAGGUAUUGAUUUGAAAAAAUCAUUGUGAAAACUACAAAAAAAAAAAAUGAAAUGCAUCUGUCUGACCAAAAGAAGUGCCUUUACUGUGAAAGGAAAAGGCAUACUGAUGAGAGACAAAAGCAGCUGUAGUCCUGUUCUUCUAAUCGCUCAACACCUGCCAGGAAAGAAGGUCAAAGCAAAGCGACUGAGCACACACGGACUGAGUGGACCCUCCCUCCAACGUCUUGACCUGGAGGUGACACUCAGGUUCGGCUUGCAGCCAGUUGGAAGCGAGGACAUUUGGACUGACUGGACCAACGGGCGGGCGGGCGGGCGAGCGGCGGUGUGAGAGACUCUGAAGGGCGGGUGUCUUAGGGUGAUGACAAUCAGAUUAGUGAUGUCAUUACCUCCGUCACUUUAUUAGGAUUUGGCAUAUCAUGCAAGUUUUCAAUGCAAGCAUAUAGAGGCAUAUCUUUUCACGUAGUUGUUAGAGACAUGUAACGGCUUCGAAGUUAGAGCAAGGAGGCUAAAGCUAAGAGAAAAUGUGUGGAGUACCAGUAGAGCUGGACCAGAUUAUGCAGGAACUAACUGUCCCACUAACUGUAUAGAGUCGCAACAAAAGCAUUUGUCAGAAAUGCACUAGCAGACAGGUUAUCCUGACAUUUUAAAAUAGCCUGAUUAAUAUUUCUUAGCUGAUAGACUUUAAAUUGUAUUAUAUAAGAAGAAAAAACUUUGUAAAGAGAUAUUUUAUAUUUUGCAAUUGCGUAUUAUUUAAAAGGUCAGCAAUAUGAACCCUUGUGACUCCUGAGGUAGAGUUCAGAGAUAUUUAUUUGCCUUUAUUUUUUGUUGAUAUGCACACUUUCCUUUGCCUGCACAGGUUUGGCUUUUGUGACACAUUUGCACACACACAAAAAAAAACCCACACACACAAACAA